CGUGAUGGCGCGACCGCAGCGCCGGACGAGGGAGCAAGACGGAACAGCGAAGCUGAGCAGUGGCGCUUGAGUCUUAACUGCGCCCGAGCGCGCGCGGAAGCAGCACGAGCUGCUUCUGCUUCUGCUCCGCGCCAUGUCGCCUGCUUCAGAUUGCGUUCUCACGUCAACUCGCCCGAUUGGGCUUCUCCGCCUCCUGCAUCUGGGGCUGCCGCUCCGGGCUGCCGCUACUGUAGACUCCGACGCCGUUGGUCUACCGGCGCGGGCAAAGAGCAAGCCGCAUGCUGCACUCGAGUCGAGUGCUGCGCUCUGCAUGAGCAUGCCGCAUGGUGUGGCAACGCACCCUCCGCCCGCAUAGGCAUGCGAGAGUCAGUCUAGUCGGCUCGCCUCGAGCCUGAUCAGGCGCCUCAUACACCGCCUUCGCGCGCCGCUUCGCUAUCUAAAUUGAGCGUGCCCGGCGACGCAUGCCAGCAGCCGCCGCUCAGCAGCUC